AUGGUUGCGACUAGGAGCCUCCAGCUCACGGUUAAGAAAACAACCCGGCAGCAAAAGACACUUGAAGGUCAACUUCUAAUGGUCAAGGAAGGAGAGAGGACAGCAAUUUCCUCCCGAGUAGCAGAGCUGGAUCAGAUUAUGCCUCAAUAUCUGGGUGUGUCCAAAGCUAUCCUUGAUUCAGUCAUUUUCUGUCAUCAGGAUGAGAGUUUGUGGCCCAUGAGUGAACCUUCCGUCCUGAAAAAGAGGUUCGACGAAAUAUUCGAAGCAAUCAAGUACACAAAGGCUAUUGACAACAUCAAGGUGCUGCGGAAAAAGCAAACUGAGGAGCUUGCGAAGUACAAAAUCAUGGAGCAGCAUGCUAAGGAAGACAAAGAAAAAGCUGAUAAGGCGGAGAAGCGGUCCAUUAAAUUACAGGAGGAAAUCGAAGCGCUACGAGACGAGACCCAGCAGCUCACCAAGGAAAUGCGUCGGGUCGCAGAGCUUGCGGACAAAGCAUGGAAAGAGUCCGAAAGCUACGCUCAAGUUCUUGGUGCUCUAGAAGGCAAACGGAUCGAGGCAAAGAGCGUCCAAUCUACCAUUGACAAUCUUAAACGACACUUGGUAGAACUUGACGAACCAGAUGAAUGGUUAGAAUCGAACCUAGAGCAGUUUGAGGCGAAACAAAUUCAGUACCAGCAGCAAGAAGAGUCCCAGAAAGAGAAGUAUAUGGAAAUUAGGGAACAGAUUGAAGAAACUCGCCACAAGCUGGGUCUCAAACAGGCUGAAUAUGGAAAGCACGAAAAUGACAAGGCCAACUUUGAACGUCAGGUCGAACGACGGCAACGAAUGUCUAAGGACCUUGCGCGAAAUCACAGUAUCCGCGGCUUUGACCGCAUUGUGGAUCAAUCAGAUGUGGAUGAAUUCAUGAAGAGAAUACGGAAAAUUCUCAAAGAGCAGUCUCAGACUUUGGACCGAGCUAAAAGAGACGCGCAGAGUGAGUUACGUGAAGCACAGACGUCUCUGAAUCAGAUAGGCGAGCGCAAGUCCGCGUUGCAAGAGAGUAAGAAUGCAGCCAAACGCCAAAUAGCUGCCAACGACAAGGAGGCCGCAAGUUAUCAAACCAAGCUGAAUGAAAUAAGCGUGGACGAGGGUGCUCAGGCCGCCCUUGAGUCUAAUGUUGAAGACAUCCAGUCUCGCCUAGACCAAGCCAAGGAGCGCGGACGUUCUGCUUCCUGGGACAAGGAGAUCCAGGAAUUGAACUCCGAGAUCCACAAACAAGAAGAUGAAAGUUCUCGCCUCAAUGCAGAGCUCAUCGAAUCAACCAAGAAAGCUGGCGAUCUGGCCCGGUUAGAUCACCUAAAAAAGGAACUGAAAGAGCGCGAGCGAAGUUUGGAGACGAUGAAGGGUGCGCAUGGUGAGCGCCUUUCGAAGCUUGUUGACCAAGACUGGAAAAUCGAUACCCUAGAGCAGGACUUUCAAAGGACUCUCGAGGAUGAAUCCAAAGAGGUGUCUAACGCCGAACGUGCGCGGGACGGCGUCAGCCGAGAACUUGAGCAGGUUGAGUACAGACUGAACAACACCAAGAAGUCUCUAGAAAAUCGUCAAAAAGAGCUCAAGGAAUGCAUAGAAGAGAUUCGCGAAGCUAUUGAUGAUGAGCCUGAAGAAUACUCCGAAGUUGUCAACCAGCGGCAGAGUCAAUUGGACAUGGCGAGAAAAGACGCCGAGCAGUAUGCCGGUAUUGGAGAGUACAUGUCUACAUGUUUGAAAACUGCGCAAGAUGCGAAAGUGUGUCGACUAUGCAGUCGGCCGUUCAGAAACGACAAUGAGCUGAAAGCCUUUUGGAAAAAGCUUGAAACAUUAGUACAGAAAGCCAAGCGCGAUUCGGAGGAAGAGGAGGUUCGACAACUGGAAGAAGAUCUCAAUAACGCCCGUGCAGCCAACACUGCUUACGAUACAUGGUCUCGCCUCAAGCAAACAGAGAUUCCAGAGUUGCGACAAGAAGAAGACAACUAUGUUCUACAGCGCGAUGAGCUCCUAGGUCAACUGGAGGACCGUGACAAAGUUGUCAGCGAGGUGGGCGAGAAGAAACGUGAUGUCGACGCUCUCUCCAAAACGGUCAGCACUAUCGUCAGGUAUGAUAGUGAGAUAAAGUCCAUUCGCUCCCAGAUACAGGAGCUUUCAUCGAAGGAGCAGGAGGUUGCAACGCCGCGUACACUCGAGGAUAUCCAAGACGAAAUAGCCAGCAUUGGCGAGAAAUCAAGGGCACUUAAGAAGACUCUUUCGAAGCUUACGAACGAGAAAGAACAGGCCCGUUCUGAGCUCAACAAUCUGGAGCUGCAACUCCGAGAUGUGAAAAGCAGCCUCGACAAUGUCAAAUUCCAGCUUGAGAGGAAGACUGAUCUGAUAUCUCGCAUAGAAGAGUAUAAGAGCCUCAAUGGUCAGCAGCGGGAAGCCAUUGCGAAAGCAGACAAAGACAUUGAGGAUCUAAAUCCAGAGUUGCUAAAAUAUCAAGCGAAGUAUGAUGAUAUCAGUCAACGAGCAGAAGCGCGCGAAAGAGAGAUGCAACAGGCAACCUCAAAAUUGUCUGAUAGUAUACACCAGAUAGAGCUCGCCAAUGAGGAAAUCGACGCAUACAAUGAGCGAGGUGGACCGGGUCAGCUUGAUCGAAGCAAACGCGAACUCGAGACCAUUGAGGGCGAAAUCGGCCACCUCGAAACUGAGCAAGCGGAUAUAACCAAAACGAUUAACAGGAUCUCUGCGCAGCUCAAGGACAGCGAGAAUACAAAACGUCAGUAUGCUGAUAACCUGACAUAUCGACAGUCUACACGAACCCUCGACAAGGUUGCGAGCGAGAUCGAGGAACUGGAAGCCCAGAAUGCAGAAGUCGAUAGAAGUCGAUUCAAGGAAGAGUCAGAGCGCCGGUCUCGCGAACACAAUGCGCUGUCCGCAAAGCAAUCCAGCAAAAUGGGAGAGAUGAAGUCCAAAGACGACCAGUUGCUGCAGCUUCUAACGGAUUGGAACACGGACUACAAAGACGCCGCUUAUAAAUACAAGGAAUCGCAUAUCAAGGUCGAAACUACCAAGGCCGCAGUCGAAGAUUUAACCCGUUACGGAAGUGCCCUUGACAAGGCCAUCAUGAAGUACCAUGGGCUGAAAAUGGAAGAAAUCAACGCCAUCAUCGGCGAACUCUGGCAGAAGACGUACCGCGGCACAGACGUUGACGCAAUCCUCAUCCGCUCCGAUAAUGAAAAUGCAAAGGGUAACCGGUCUUACAACUACCGAGUCUGCAUGGUCAAGCAGGGUGCAGAAAUGGACAUGCGCGGUCGCUGCAGUGCGGGCCAAAAAGUCCUUGCUAGUAUCAUUAUCCGCCUAGCCCUCGCGGAGUGUUUUGGCGUGAACUGUGGUCUAAUCGCGCUCGACGAACCUACUACCAACCUUGAUAGAGACAAUAUUCGGUCCCUGGCCGAGUCGCUCCACGACAUUAUUCGCGCCCGCCAGCAACAGGCAAACUUCCAGCUUAUCGUGAUUACCCACGACGAGGAAUUCCUGCGCCACAUGCAGUGCGGUGAUUUCAGCGAUUACUACUACCGCGUUUCUCGCAAUGAGAGGCAGAAGUCGAUUAUCGAAAGGCAGUCCAUUGCAGAGGUUAUGUGA